UGUCUUGAAAAUGUAUAUUGGGCCAAGCGUGGAUGGUCCAUAUGCAGAAACACCUGCGAGAGCUGUGCUACUCCUUUGCGUAUGCAUCUUUCAUCUCUCUCUCUCUCUCUCUCUCUCUCUCUACAAUUUCACUGUCACACACACAGAUUUACUCCGAAGCUGAACGCUGCAGAAAAUGUUCAAAAAAUUUUCAUCUGAAGAUGUGUCUGCACAGAACCAAGUGAAGGCUUCUGUUCAACGAAAAAUACGGCAAAGUAUUGCAGAAGAGUAUCCAGGUCUUGAGCCAGUGUUGGAUGAUAUACUUCCUAAGAAGUCCCCUCUUAUAGUUGCUAAAUGUCAGAACCAUCUCAAUCUGGUUCUAGUGAACAACGUGCCUUUGUUUUUUAGUGUCCGUGAUGGACCAUACAUGCCCACUUUGCGGCUUCUCCAUCAAUAUCCAAAUAUAAUGAAGAAGUUACAAGUUGACCGUGGUGCAAUAAAGUUUGUCUUGGCGGGUGCAAACAUAAUGUGUCCUGGUCUUACAUCUCCUGGGGGUGCUUUAGAUGAGGAAGUAGGAGCAGAAAGUCCUGUGGCCAUCAUGGCUGAAGGAAAACAGCACGCCCUUGCUAUUGGCUUUACAAAAAUGUCAGCAAAAGACAUAAAAGCAAUCAACAAGGGAAUUGGAGUUGACAACUUACAUUAUCUCAAUGAUGGUCUUUGGAAGAUGGAGCGACUUGAUUGAAGAUAUUGCAAGAGUUGCAACCUGAUAAUGAUUGAUGAAUUCCUGUUUUCUGGACCUUGAUCCAGAUUUUAGAGAUCAUAUUCGAACUUGCUGAUCUAUUAUACCCAUGUAAACAGUAAAGAAAUGAAUUUUCUUGCACAGAGUGCUCUCUUUUAGUAACUAUGUAGAUUUCAUGUAACUUGUGGAAUACAUUGUGCGUGUCAACAAAUACAAAGUUUUGUUUAUUUCCGGACUCCAAUUGAAUGUUGGAACCAUGCACGUUAGUUUAUUCAAACUUUGGUGUGCCAUUUGAUCAUUUUGGCCUAUUACAGAAUUGUCUGAAGACCCUCAAACGAUUGGAACUGAUUUAAAGUACCUGUUUGAUUGG